CUAUAUUAGUGCCUUCUCACUUCAUUUCUAGGGUUUCCUAACUGAUUAUCCCACAAACUAUCCCGCCGCCGCGCCUCCAUCUCCGACCACCGUAUCGCCAUGGCUGCAGAGAAGAAGUUAUCGAACCCCAUGAGGGAGAUCAAGGUUCAGAAGCUCGUUCUGAACAUCUCCGUCGGAGAAAGUGGUGAUCGUCUCACCAGAGCUGCUAAGGUGUUGGAACAACUCAGUGGACAAUCCCCUGUUUUCUCGAAGGCAAGAUACACUGUACGAUCUUUUGGUAUCAGGCGUAAUGAAAAAAUUGCUUGCUACGUCACGGUCAGAGGUGACAAGGCAAUGCAACUCCUCGAGAGUGGCUUGAAGGUCAAGGAGUACGAACUGUUGAGAAGGAAUUUCAGUGACACAGGCUGCUUUGGUUUCGGUAUUCAGGAGCACAUUGAUCUUGGAAUUAAGUAUGACCCAUCGACCGGUAUUUACGGUAUGGAUUUCUACGUUGUGUUGGAGCGACCCGGUUACCGUGUGGGUCGUCGUCGUAGGUGCAAGUCUCGUGUUGGAAUCCAGCACAGGGUAACCAAGGAUGAUGCGAUGAAGUGGUUCCAGGUGAAAUACGAAGGUGUUAUCCUCAACAAGGCCACCAACAUUGGAACUUAGGUUCAAAUCUUACCUUUAUGAACUAUUAUGUGGUUUUGUUCGUUUAUUGUCUCUUUUUUACCCAGAGUUUUUGUAGAAUUUUCGAACCUUAGACAAGUCUGUUUGCUUCCAUAUUUUAUAAUUUUAAUGAGACGAAUUUUGUUGUGUUUUUUGAUGUUAUUGGUGCUAGUAGUCACUUUAAAUGGUGUGUGCCAUUUUCUUA